AGGAGGGAGAAAGGCACCUUCCUGAAGACCAGCUACAGCCCCAGGCGACGUAGAUCUCUCGCAGUAUUCAUCAAUUUGUGGGUGGAUCUCCAGAGAUGAGCUCAUCAUCCAGCGGGUUCACUGAGUUGAGCCACAGCCUUCAGGGAUGGAUAGAUGCCACCGCCGUCAACCAACACAAGACAGUGGAGGACAGCAUGAGGCGCUUUUCGCUGCGUGACCUCAGCUGCGGCGGCGCGGAGCUGCUGAGAGCCUUCCAGCUCUUCCAGGUCUGCGCAAUCACCCGGCACAAUACACACACUCACACACACUCACACACGUAUGUCCUUGCCUUGUGGUUGCAGGAGUAUGUGUCCUUUGACCAGCAAUACGUGACGGGCGUGGCCUCCCCGGCCCGCAGCUACGACACGAGCACCACCCGCUCAUGGCACCUGAGAGGCGUGGCGCUGCCAUUCGAGGCUCUCGCCACUUCCCCGGCCGCUCUGGUGAGUGCCGACGUGGCCCUAUUCGCCCGCACACUGCUGAGAAAGUUCGAAAGAUGGGAGCUGCUUCAAGCGGCGUCACUCGACACACUGAGGGUCCGGCCACCAAGCGCCGGUGCCGGUGAGGGUGAUGGUGGUCAGCCGACAGUGAGUCCCGUUCUGCCUUUCCUGCGGUCGCUUCACAAACUGGUCAGCACGCACACCGAGGCGGCCCGCAUCCACGGAGAGGUGCUGGUGGGGACCAGACGGGUGGACUACGAGGCUGUGAUGGCUGCAUUGGAGAGCCUCAUCUCGCAGUCGGCCAAGCUGACUGCGCCUGUGGCCCCCCCGGCGACUGUGGACGGCAAGUCCCCCCCUGAGACCCUCUCUGCGUCGGUGGCGCCCCUCGCCCGCAAACUCUCCAUCGAGCUGGCGCUGCUCAAGAGCCUCCUGGCCACCGAAUGGUCCAUCACACGGCUGCUCUACGACGAGUCCCUGCUGCUGCUGACCUACGCCAAGCAGUUCCUCAUGACCUAUGAGCACACAUGCACUCAGCCGCCAGCGAGAGACCACGCGGCAGCAUCAUCAGCAUCAGCAUCGUCUAACACCACUGCCAAGCCGCCGUCGACGCCCACGAUGUCGCGGCGGCGAGUGCAGCCGACCAACUCGGAGGUCAGGGGGGUGGUGGGUCAGACGGCGCCGACGCAGGCGCCCUCAACUGGCACCGCUGCCGGCCAGAAGGUAGGCAGGUCGAUUGAGCAGUGUGCGUGUUUGUCAUUACUCAUUGCGUACCUUGUCUGUGUAUGUGGCCGUCAGAUCGGGACUGUGGACAUCACUGUCGAAACGAGCAAGAUCUCUGCACUGGGGGAGUGGUCAGCACACACACGCCCCACUCCUUCAAAGUGGCACCGCACCGCCCACCCAUUGAUUGCGUGUGGUACCUCAGGUAUCGCGAGUUCCUUUGGCAUUUGGCCAACAAGUUCCGGGUUUUGUUCCAUCCGCCGCUGCACUUCAACCCCCUGCAGGCCGUCGAUGGCUACGAGGGCGACUUCAAGACCCUUCCGCCCUGCACCAACGCCCUCACAAGACUGGCCGAGCAGCUGCUGCUGCAGAAGACCGUCACCUACGCGCCAUACUAUGACCAGUAAUCGCCAGCGGAGUGGAAACUGUGGCUUGGAUGGAUUGUGUGUUGUGUGUGUUGUGUGUAGGCUGGAGGGGCUGACGAAGGCGUUCGACUCGCUGGUCAUGGUGGGAGUGGUAAGAGAGAUUGACAGGUGUACCGCAACAUCUGUCUGUUUGUUGGGGAUUGAUGGCUGGGUGGCUCCUUCCUUUGUUUUCUUGUCAUAUCACACGUCAUUCCAUUCAUCAGGUUGCGCCCGAGGCUCUUCUCCCUGCCAUGCAGCGGACACCCAACCACGGUACGGUAUGCACCAGGACGCCCACACCACACCCACCACACCCAGCAAGAGCAUUUGUUACUUGUACACUUGUCAGGCAAAGCCCAUCUUCCACUCAGCCUCCCUGUGGACGGCACCACCCCUACCGCCCCCACCAAGCCACCCAAGACACAACACGACGCCGACCACGGCCCGGUCGUCAGCAUGUCGUCACGUCACCCAGCAUCCCUCCACUGGCGCUUCCUCGCAGCACACAUGGGUCCUGCUCUCAACCCGCCCUCUCGCCAGCCACCGCCUGAGCCAGCAAGUCAGGACAAGGACGCCCCUCUCGCAGACACAGCGGCCGACACGUCGACAGCAGAGAGACUGCAUCGCUUUUGCCGGUCACCGCUGUGGCCACAGCUGCAGGGCCUGCUCAUGGAGGCGUGCAUGCACCGCCACUCCCCCGAUCGCGUCAAGAUGGCCCCCCUGCCCGCCACUGCGCUGCAAGCCUCCCUCUCUCUCAGCAGCGCCCAGUCUUCCCUCUCUGUGUCGACACUCAGCGGCCUUCUGUCGGUGGGCCGCACAUCGACCCCAGUGCUGCAGGGGAGCCCCAGUUUCAGCGGCAGACCCCCCCGGAGCCGUCUGGGCACAUCACCUGUCAUCACCAAUCUCGAUACCCUCUUCUCUGACCUUGACGCGGAGGCCGAGGGAGAGAGCGGCAAGGGCGACAAGACGGCCGCUCAGCCACCGCGGCAAAGGACAACACCCGACACGACCAGCAUCAGUGGCCUCAGCAGCAGCACCGCAGGGGCGCUGGCGAGUCCCAUACUGACGCCAGUACUCGGGGGGCCAUCUCGACGGCCGCCGCGGUCGCCUGAUCCUGAGAGGGGGAGGAAGAGUGCAUCGGCAGGCCAGCGAGCACCGCCGUCAGAGAUGGACAAACGAGUCGCCAGAAGUAAGCAAAGCGGGUAUAGAGGAUUUUCCAUCCUUCGUUGCUUACUGACUGCGUUCUGCAGUGAUGCUCGAGGUUACGACAUCGCAGGGCGACCCCCUCACCGAAGCCUUCACAUCGGUCACCCGGCCGGCUCUCGCCAAGAAGCAACCGCCCCUGUUCACCAAGCCACUCAUCCCGCCACAGGCACCCACCACUGGCACUGCCCAGGGAAGUGGUCUGAGGUCGGCCUUCGCAUCGCUCCAGCCCAUCUCCGAGAAGAGCGUCAACACCACCAUCACCACCAAGACCCCACCCGGGUCAUUUCUGCUGCACUAUCCGUGGCGUGGCGCGGGCGAUGAAGGCCCCGGCAGCAGGGGGGCGGACGAAGGGCAGGGCAAACCUGCUGCUGCUGCUGCUGCUGCUGAUGGCGGUUGUGCGGGAUGGGGUGACAUUUACAGGCUGGGAGUGGUGGCACUCGAUGAAGGUACAGGGCGGAGGGAGGGAGAGGGCUGUCAUGGAUGGUGUGUGGCGUUGGUUGUGGUUGCUUGGUUGUGCGUCCAUGCAUCAGAGUCUUGGUUCGCCGCCCCACAGUUCCUCGUCUACGUCGAGAGAAUCCCACAUCAGCCGGGAAGUAAGCGGGAUGAAAAAGGGCAGCGGGUAGUGUGGGUCACUCGCCCAUGGCCGUCCGUCCGUCCUUUCGGCUAUGUGCAGGCGAGGACGACGGCAAGUCCCUACCGAAGUGGCGUAGCACACUGACGCAGGUGUGGAAGGGCCUCUUCCCGACCAAACCGUCCGAUGCCCCAUCAGUGACGCCCAGCCGGCCACCGCGGUCACCACUCAGGUAAGCACCCACGAGCAGACAACGUCGACUGUGUGAGCUCCCAAUGCCAUGUUUCUUCCAGGACUGUUGAUGCUGACAGCGAGGCCUCACGGGCGACAAGGGUGCGUCAGAGAGAUGGCGCACACAGCCCAGAGGGCACGAUAUCACGACGUGUGUGGUGUGGUGUGGUGUGGUCAGGAGAGUGAUGACGCCGACGACGAGUUGAUGAAGAGGAUGCGAGAAAUCGCAAGGUGAGUGAUCGGUCGGAUGAAGUCCAUACCGACUCAUGCGGAAAAGAUCACUGCUAUGUGGAUGUACGUGUGUGUCACUCAGGUUGGUAUCGGGUGCUCAUCUACGGAAGAGGCAGCCGUGCGCGUGA